AUGAACAAUGUGACAGAAUUCAUCCUGCUGGGCCUCACCCAAGAUCCUGAACUCCAGAAGCUCUUGUUUGCUGUGUGUUUUAUCAUCUAUUUGGUCACAAUGGCAGGCAACACAUUCAUCUCAGUCACCAUCUUCGUCAGCCCAGCCCUGGGAUGCCCCAUGUACUUUUUCCUGUCAUACUUGUCCCUUAUGGAUGCUCUUUACUCCACGUCCAUUGCUCCCCAAAUGAUCGUGAACUUAGCAUCAGAGAAGAGCACCAUAUCCUACAAUGGCUGCAUGACACAGCUCUUUGCUGAACAUCUGUUUGCUGCAACAGAGAUCAGCUUGCUCAUUGCCAUGGCCUUUGACCGCUAUGUGGCCAUCUGCAAACCCUUGCACUACGCCACCAUCAUGAGCCGGCCUGUGUGCUCUUUCCUAGUGGGGGCAGCUGGAGUAUUGGGGUUUAUUCAUGGAUUGAUCCAAGUUAUGUUUAUUGCUAAGUUGCCCUUCUGUGGGCCCAAUGUCAUUGACCACUUUACGUGUGAUUUAAUACCACUGCUGAAGUUGGCCUGCACUGACACUCACACUUUGGGGCCUCUGAUUGCUGCCAACAGUGGGGCACAGUGUUCAAUCACAUUUUUGAUGCUGUUUGCUUCCUAUGUGAACAUCCUGUACUCCCUGAGGAAUCACAGUUCUGAGGGGCGUCGCAAAGCCCUGUCCACCUGUGCCUCCCACAUCACUGUGGUCAUCUUAUUCUUUGUACCUUGUUCCUACCUGUACCUCAGGCCCAUGGUCUCCUUCCCCAUUGACAAAGCUGUGGCUGUGUUUUACACUCUAGUCACACCUAUGUUGAACCCUUUAAUCUACACCCUCAGGAAUGAGGAAAUGCAAAGAGCUAUGAAGAAGCUCUGGAGUCAAAUAAUGAAAGCUGAUGAGCUGAAAAUCUCAUGA